AUGUCUUCAAAAAAAGAAAAGGGCCUUCCUCGUCGGAGCUUGCGAAACAAAACCACGGCGCCACUUGCAGAGGACCCCGCAUCAGCAUCUCUUCAGCCAGCAUUGCCGGUGCUUCCAUCAGUUCUCAAGCUUUCGACUUCACAGCCUUUCUGUGAACCACCUGCGGCGGGGCCAUCCUCCAGCAAUUUGAGUACAAAAACCCGGCCCCAGAAGCGCAAAAAGGGCACGCCUCCACCAACCGGCUUGGUGGGCGGACCACCUGAACUGAACGAGGAUCUACCCAGCCGUCUUGAAAAUUCAGGUGUUCCAGUUGGACCCAAGGCAACCCAAAACCAAUUGUUAGACCUCCUCGAUAAGUAUGUAGAAACCAAGCGUCCCAGGCUAGUCCGUAAGACCAAAGCCCCAAGGAUUUGUUCGAGUCACGAAGUUAGGUCAAAGCGUGUAGAAGGCUUGUCCAAUACGGUCGAGGCCUCUCCAGCCGGAACACAGGACACUCCUCAAGGACCUCUGUCGACUGACCCAUCUCCGCCAGAAGAUUACGACUUCAACAAUCUUGAGUGUUCAGACUUGAUCCAGAUUGUUGAAGGGAUAGGCUUUGAUGGCAGGACGUCCACCAAAGCCAAACUAGUCGAUAUCUGCAAUCAGCAUCGCGAUAAAACUCGCAUACCCCGACACUUGUUCCGAUUUGAACUGCAAGCACCUCGAACAAUAUCUCCUCCUGGCACUGGAUCCGGAGAUGUUCGGCCAUCAUCCCCCAUUCAAUACCCAACUCCUACUGGCCAAAGUUUUCCACCCAGCAUCUCAUCAGCUUGCGGAGUCAAUUCACCGAUCAGCAAAAAAAGAAACAAGGGUAAAGGAAGAGCAAAGUCGUCCUCACCUAGCAAUUCUCCUGAACGCAGUUCAACUGCACAGCCUACCGGAUUGUCACACUUUUCAAAAUCUACUGCAGAUAUCAUACAAGACAAACUUCCUAGUCUAGAACACCGACGCCUCCUGCACCCACGCCCUAACCCGACCCACAAAUUCAUCUCCACAAGCAAUCCCAAGCCAACAGAAUCUUCUGACGACGAUUGGCAUCCACCAGACGACGACGAUUGGCAACCAUCAGACGACAACAAUUCUUCAAGUGACGCCGGUGAUGGUUCUGAAGAAUCAAAAUCUGAUAAGCACAGCCCCCCUCCGAAGUCUACUAGAACAAGCCCGGCUGUCUCACACAAAUCUCGACAGUCUUCCAUGCACCCUCGCUCCCCAAUAUCCCCGACAAGUCCAUCUCCUCAUGUUGAUCAAUUUGAUGCUCCCAAACAGGGUGCUUACGAGGAAGAAAAAAAUGAGCCUGAAUGGCGUACAAAAUAUUACCAACUUAAACAUUCCCUAGCAGACACUAAUAGUAAGCUUGAACUCGUUACCCACGACUUGAACGUUUUAUCGGAGGUCGUGAGCCAAAUUUCAGACGUCAAACCAAGCUCCUCACCUGAGACCAAAACACGGGGUGGAAGAUCCGCGUCCUGGAUGCGUGUACAUAUUGACACUCUUUUAGGCCUCAUCAGUUCUGCAGCCAGCCUACCCCCUCCAGCAACUGAUGAAGACCAAAAGGCUUGGAAAAUCGAUAUUGACCUUGAUAACAUUGAUCUUUUCGCCCAUGCCACUGAAGCAACCCAAUCUACUUCUGAAACGCCUCUUCCGGAAGGCAAAGGGCUGCAACAUCCCAAGGCGACAACCCAACAGCUCAUUGUCAUGCGGACUAUGAUGCGAUCUGUGGGGGUGAUAAACUUUCGUCCUGACUUUUCCAAAUCUCCAUCUUCUCCCGAGAACAAAUGGUUAUGGGAUUUAGCAUUUAGAAUCUUCAUCAAGAUAGUCGAGUGCGGCGAAUAUCCUGGUGUAUCCCUUGAUACCAAAAAUCGAAAACACCUCAAGAAAUUGUUGGAUACCCGUGUACGAUCUCUCAUGAAACGGUAUGUACCAUCACUCUCACACCCUGAAUUUCUUUAA